GGGGCGCGGCGGCGGCGGAGCCGUAGGGCCGGGGAGAGCGGAGGCCACGGGUACGGGCGGGACCGGGAGCGGAGCGGCACCGGCACCGGUCCUCCCGUGGCCAAGACGGAGCCGGAGAUGGAAGCACCGGGAUGCACCGGCUCAGAGUGGCUGGUGGUCCCCAAGGUGGAGGUGACCCCCGAAGGUGACAUGGAUGAUCCAGGGGACGCGGAGCUCCAUGACUCAGGGCAGUGGCUGGUGCGGAAGGUGAAGGUGGAGGAGGACGAUGAGGCCGAGGCCUGGGCAGCCGCAGCCGAGGCCCCGCUGGCCCCGCAGCCGCUGCCCGGUGCCGUCCCCCCCGACCCCGCCGGGACACCGGGAUGCGCCGGCGCCUGCAAGGCGGAGGAGCCGUGCCCGGAGGAGCUGGGAUACGGAGUGCUGCCGGCCUGGGCGCCGGGGCCGCGCCUGGACGGCCUCGGGAUCGGCUUCGAGGCCGGCAUCGGGAUCAGCGCGGGGACGAACCCCGGCCCCGGCGGGUGCGGGCGCUGCUCACAGCCCGGCCCGCGGCCCUUCUGCUGCCCGCAGUGCGGGAAGGCCUUCGGCAAGAAGGCGCACCUGACGCGGCACCUGCGGGUGCACACGGGCGAGCGGCCCUUCCCCUGCCCGCACUGCGGCCGCCGCUUCCGGCAGCGCAUCCACCUGCGCUCGCACCUGCGCACGCACACGGGCGAGCGGCCCUACCCCUGCCCGCGCUGCGCCCGCCGCUUCCGCAAGAAGACGCACCUGGACCGGCACCUGCGCACGCACACCGGCGAGCGCCCGCACCCCUGCCCGCGCUGCGCCCGCCGCUUCGCCCACCGCCAGCACCUCCUGCGCCACCUGCGCCUGCACGGGGACCCCGCGCCGGGCCACGGGUGCCACGGUGGGGACGGGGACGGCCCUGCCGAGGAGAAGCCGCUGCCGUGCCCGGGGUGUGAGAUGGGCCUCACCUGGAAGCAGAGCCCGGCGUCGCCCCUGGGGCUGCAUGCGGGGCCGGUGCCGGGAGCUGGGAACGGACACCUGGAUGAACACCGGGAUGGCGACAGGGACGGCCCUGCCGAGGAGAAGCUGCUCAUUUGCCCCCAGUGUGGGACCUGCCUCACCUGGAAGCAGAACUCGUCGUCGCACCUGUGGCAGCACCUGGAGAGCCACGGCCUCGGCUGUGCCCAGGACCCCCUGCAGCCCCCACAGGAGCCCGGAGCCCAGGACCCCCAGCACCCCUCACAGGCGCCCACGGCCGAGCGCCCCUUCAUGCAGGACCCCCAGCUCCUGUCACAGGUGCCCGGUGCUGACUGCGGCCACGGCUGCGCCCAGGACCCCCAGCCCCUCCUGCAGCCCCCGCAAGCGCCCGGGGCCCAGGGCCACCAGCACCAGCCGCAGGUGCCCGGUGCCAAAUGCGGCCAGGGCUGUGCCCAGGACCCCCCGCAGCCGCCGCAGGUGCCCCCUGGCCAGCGCCCCUUCGCCUGCCCGCAGUGCGGGCGCGGCUUCGGGCGCAAGGCGCACCUGGCGCGGCACCUGCUGGUGCACUCGGGCACGCGGCCCCACGCCUGCGCCCGCUGCGGCCGCCGCUUCAGCUCCAAGACGAACCUGGGCCGGCACGAGGCCGUGCACACGGGGCUGCGGCCCCACCGCUGCGCCCGCUGCGGCCGCAGCUUCACCCGCAAAACCCACCUGGAGCGCCACGAGCGCACCCACAGCACCAGGAUGGGCACGGCCACAGGCACUGCCGGCACUGGGAUGGGCACGGCCACCGCUGGCACUGAGAUGGGCACAGCCACCGCCGGCACUGGGAUGGGCACGGCCACAGGCACUGCCGGCACUGGGAUGGGCACGGCCACCGCCGGCACUGGGAUGGGCACAGCCACCGCUGGCACUGAGAUGGGCACAGCCACUGCUGGCGCUGGGAUGGGCACGGCCACCGCCGGCACUGGGAUGGGCACGGCCACCAGCGGCACUGGGAUGGGCACGGCCACCGCUGGCACUGAGAUGGGCACGGCCACCGCCGGCACUGGGAUGGGCAUGGCCACCGCCGGCACUGGUAUGGGCACGGCCACCGCUGGCACUGGGAUGGGCACGGCCACCGCUGGCACUGGGAUGGGCACGGCCACCGCUGGCACUGGGAUGGGCACGGCCACCACCGGCACUGGGAUGGGCACGGCCACCACCAGCACUGGGAUGGGCAUGGCCACCGCUGGCACUGGGAUGGGCACAGCCACCGCCGGCACUGUGAUGGGCACGGCCACUGCUGGCGCUGGGAUGGGCACAGCCACCGCUGGCGCUGUGAUGGGCAUAGCCACCACUGCCACUGGCACCAGCAUCACCGGGUCCCAGCUGGGCUGGGCAGAGCCCCCCACCCUCUGGAUGGAGGGGCGCGGGGAGGAGGCACCCGAGCCGGAGGUGUCGGAGCCAUCGGAGGAGGAGGAGGAGCAGGAGGAGGCGGAGGAUGAAGGCUCCGGGGUGCGGGUGACGCCGGCGCUGCUGAAGGCGGCCACGGGCGAGUUCUCUCUGGAGUCCAUCCUGCUGCUGCGGCUGCGGGGCCGCGGCAUCGCCCACCUGGGCUGCCUGGCCGACUGCUCCAACCUCGAGUGGCUGGACCUGUCCGGCAACGCCAUCGCGGGGCUGGCGCCGCUGGCCGCGCUGCGCGCCCUGGCCGUGCUCAACCUGGCCGCCAACCGCGUGGCCAGCGUGGAGCCGCUGCGGGGCUGCCGCAGCCUGCGCCAGCUCAACCUGGCCGGCAACCGCCUGCGCAGCCUGCGCCAGCUGCGCUGCCUGCAGGGCCUGCGGCACCUGGAGAGCCUGCGCCUGCGGGACCCGCGCGGCAACCUGGGCAACCCGCUCUGCGCCGCGCCCGCCUACCGCGCCGCGCUGGCCGCCAUGCUGCCCGGCCUCAAGGCCAUCGACGGGCAGCGCGUGGCCGGCCGCGGCAGCGAGCUCUUCCGCCUGUGCCGUGAGCUGGACGCCGCGCUGGACGCCGAGGCCGCGCCGGCCGCGCCCGCCGAGCCGCCGCAGCCGUGGGUGCAGGCCGGCUUCUGGGAGCCGCGGCCGGCGCGGCGCAGCGCCGUGCUGGAGGAGGCCACGCGGCAGCUGGGCCAGGCCCUGCGCGAGUGCCGCGAGCUCGGCCGCCGCGCCGACGACUCCAUCGCACAGGCCCAGCGCGCGCUCGGCCGCCGCCACCACGAUCCCAAUCCCAAUCCCUGUGCAUCCCCCUUUGACCCCUUCCUCCGCCUGCUCCUCCUGGACACUCCGACCCCCUCCCCGUUCCCCCCGGGGCACCCCCGCCCCUGCCCGCCCCCUCCCCGUUCCCGUGGCCCGGAUCCCGGCUCCCGGUGCCGAAUCCCGUUACGCACCCGCUCGAUGACCCCGUCCACGUCCCGCUCCUUGAAGAGGAAAUGCACAUUGCUGCGCCCGUGGAAAUAUUCCAGCACAUCCCGGACCACGCGCCGCUGGAGCGGGGACUGCCCCGCGGCCACCGCGGCCACCGCGGCCGCCGCCAGCGCCAGCGGCAGCCACAGGGACACCGGGAGCCUCAUCCCGCCGGGAACGGCCUCACGGAUCCAGGGCCGCUGGCGUCGGGCCGGCAUGAGCCGAUUUCCUGGGAUCUGCCCCCAAAUCCGCCCCCGGGACGGCCCCGCGGGUGCCCCCCCCACCCCGCGGGCCCGGGAGGAGGGGCUGGGCUGGGCUGGGGGCAGAGACCCCGGAGUGGCGCCAUGGGCUGCUGGCAGUGCCACCCUGCCCUCGGGAACACCCCGCAGCGCCAGGAGCCGCUCCCCGGGAACAAGCCCUGGCCCCCGGGAAUGGGCAUUCCUGGCUCCCGAGGCUAUUCCCGGUUCUCCAGGCGCUGCUGUGCCGGAGCUAUUCCUGACUACGGAGCUGUUCCCAGCUCCCGGGGCCAUUUCCAGAUCCCGGGAGUAUUCCCAGGUCCCAGAGCUGUUCCUGACUGCAAAGCUGUUCCCAGCUCUCGGGAGUAUUCCCGGCUCCCGGGAUCGUUCCCGGCUCCCGGGCCUAUUCCCAACUGCGGAGCUGUUCCCGGCUCCUGGGGCCAUUCCCGGUUCCCGGGGCCGUUCCCGGUUCCCGUGGCCGUUCCCGGCUCUCGUGGCCGUUCCUGGCUCCCGGGGGUAUUCCCGGUUCCCAGGUCCAUUCCCGGCUCCCGGGUCCAUUCCCGGUUCCCGUGGCUGUUCCCGGUUCCCGUGGCCGUUCCCGGCUCCCGGGUCCAUUCCCGGUUCCCGGGCCGUUCCCGGUUCCCGGCCGGACAAGCCGGUGCCGUGCCGGGGCCGUUCCCUGCUCUCCCCGCUGUCGCUCCGCUCGCUCCCGUCUGAUCCAUCCCAGCCCGUCCCCUCCGCUCCCGCCCCGAACUACAACUCCCAGCGCUCCCGGCUCUCCGCUCACAGCCGGAUCCGGCCCCGCUCGGCGCCUUCCGCACCCCAAAUUCCGGGGGGAGGAGGAGGAGGAGGAGGCCGGGGGGGCCGAGGCCGCCGCAGCCGCCGGGACCGCCGCGCUUCUCGGGCCUGGACACCGCCGCGGCCAUUUGAGGGAGUCGGUGCGGAAGGAGGCCAGGACCAGGCCGGGAAGCGCCGGGAAGGAGCGGGAAGGAGCCCGAGGAGGCCGGGAGGAGGCUCCGGGGGAGCCAUGUCCGCGGGGGGCGCGCCCCAGCCCGCCCACACCCUGGAUCUGCUCCCGUAUUCCCGGCUGAGCCCGGCGCCGCGGGCCGGAUCCCAGCUGGAUGCGGUCGGCGCCGAGAUCCCGUCGGAUCCCUGCACAGGGUACCGGUUCUUUAAGCCAGGGGGUUUGUUCGGGAUGAAGCCGCCGGAGGAGCCCUUCGGAGCGGCGCGGACGGGCCCGGAGGAUUCCAAGGCGCUGGGCAGCCCCUGCGCCGUGGAGCCCGGGCGGGUGAGCAAGGUGGAACCCGAGGAGAAGCCCGGGAUUGGCGCCGGCGCCCUGGAGCUGUUUCCGGCCGCGGGCGGCAGCUCCGGCCGCUGGUUCCCCGGCGGGCAGCGCGGCCCCGAGCCCCCCCGGGACCCCCCGGCGCCCCGCGGCGGCUGCUGGGGGGCCCAGGGGGGCGUCCCCGGCCCCUUCCGCUGCGGCCAGUGCGGGAAGGGCUUCCGGCAGAAGCAGAGCCUGGUGACGCACGAGCGCAUCCACACCGGGGAGAAACCGUUCCGCUGCGGGGACUGCGGCAAGAGCUUCAGCCAGCGGCCCAACCUGCUGACGCACCGGCGCGUGCACACGGGCGAGCGGCCCUUCCCCUGCGCGCAGUGCGGCAAGAGCUUCUCGCAGAAGGCCAACCUGCUGGCGCACCAGCGCAUCCACGGCGCCCACCCCGACGAGGGCAAGGCGCGGGUGCGGGCGCCGGCGCGGGGCUGCCCCGAGGACGCGCCCUUCGUGUGCCCCGAGUGCGGGAAGAGCUUCCGGCAGAAGCCCAACCUCAUCACGCACCGGCGCAUCCACACGGGCGAGCGGCCCUUCUCCUGCUUCCUGUGCGGCCGCAGCUUCAACCAGAAAACCAACCUGGUGACGCACUACCGGGUGCACACAGGUGAGCGGCCCUUCGCCUGCGCCCAGUGCGGCAAGCGCUUCACCCAGAAAACCAACCUGGUCACGCACCAGAGCACCCACACCGACCUGCGCCCCUUCCCCUGCGCCCAGUGCCACAAGUGCUUCAAGGACAAGGUGUCCCUCAAGGCCCACCAGAAGACGCACAUCCCCCGCCAGCGCCGCUGCCCCGCGCGCGGCCCGGCCCCCGCCGCGCCCUUCGGGGCCGCGCCCGCCCUGCUGCCCCCCGCGCCCGCCCCGCAGGACCCCGCCCCCUUCGCCCCGCUCCCGCCCGCCCCGAAGCUCCCCGAGGGCGCCGAGCUGUUCCCCGGCCCCGAGAAGGGCUUCCCCCCCCCGGCCCCGGGCGAGCCCUCCUUCCCCUGCGCCCACUGCGGCGACGGCUUCUGCCCCAAGGUGCCCCUGCUGCGGCCCCCCGAGGCGCCCGCCGCGCCCUUUGCCCCCGGCCCUCCCCUCCUGGGGCCCCUGGGGGCGCAGCCGGGGCCGGGGGACGCUGCGGCCCCCCCAGAGAAGCCCUUCAUCUGCAACCAGUGCGGGAACAGCUUCGGGCUGUGGCUGGCCCUCGUCGCUCACCAGAAGAGCCACGCGGGGCACAAGCCGUGCCCCGGCGCCCCCCCCGCCGAGCCGGGCGCCGAGCAGCCCCCCGGGUCCCCCCCGGCGCGGGCGGGCGAGGGCCGGCCCUGGCCGUGCCCCGAGUGCGGGCGCGGCCUGGCGCAGUGCGAGCGGCUGCCGCGGCACGGGCACGGCGCCGGCGGGCGCGGCCCCUUCCGCUGCGACACCUGCGGCAAGCGCUUCAGCCUCAAAACCAACCUGGCCACCCACCAGCGCAUCCACACAGGUGAGCGGCCCUUCACCUGCGGCGUCUGCGGCCGCCGCUUCAACCAGAAGGGCAACCUGGUGACGCACUACCGGGUGCACACGGGCGAGCGCCCCUUCGCCUGCGCCCAGUGCGGGAAGCGCUUCGCGCAGAAGCCCAACCUGCUGGCACACCAGAAGACGCACCUGGGCCGCCAGCCCUUCACCUGCCUCGAGUGCCCCAAGCGCUUCAAGAGCAAACUGUCCCUGCGGGUGCACCAGCGGGUGCACACCGGGACCCCCGGCGCGGCCCCCGGCGCCCUGGACCCCGCCGGGAGCCCCUUCCCCUGCGCGCUCUGCGGGGAGGCCUGCGCAGAGCACGGGGGGCUCCGGCCGGGCCACGGCGGCGGCGAGCGGCCGCACGCCUGUGCCGAGCAGCUGCACGCCUGCGCCAAGUGUCCCCACGCCUGCGCCGAGCGCACCCACGCCUGCGCCGAGCGUCCCCACGGCUGCGCCGAGCGGCUCCACACCUGCGCCGAGCAGCGCCGCACCUGCACGGAGCAUCCUCACGCCUGUACGGAGCAUCCUCACGCCUGUACGGAGCAUCCUCACUGCGCGGAGAAUCCUCACGCCUGCGAGCGACCCCACACCUGCGGGCAGCCGCACCCCUGCGCCGAGCGGCCGCACCCCUGCGCCGAAUGUCCGCACCCCUGCGAGCAGCCCCACGCCUGCACCAAGCGGCCCCACACGUGCGAGCAGCCCCACGCGUGUGCCGAGCACCCGCACGCCUGUGCCGAGCACCCCCACCCCUGUGAGCGGCCCCACCCCUGCGAGCGGCCCCACGCGUGUGCCGAGCAGCCCCGCGCCUGCCCCGAGCAGCCCCACGCGUGCGCCGAGUGUCCCCACGCGUGCGCCGAGUGUCCCCACGCGUGCUCCGAGUGUCCCCACGGCUGCGCCGACCGGCCCCACGCGUGCGCCGAGUGCGGGAAGCGGUUCCGGCAGAAGGUGAACCUGGCCGUGCACCUGCGGACGCACACCGGGGAGCGGCCGUUCCGCUGCGCCGACUGCGGCAAGGGCUUCAGCCAGAAGGCUCACCUGCUGCGGCACCGCCGCACCCACGGCGCCGGCCUGGCCCCGCCCUGCACCGCCGGGGACCCGCUGGGCAAGGGCCCCGAGCCCCCCGCGCUGCUGCUGCCGCCCUGCUCCCGCGGGGCGCCCCCGGCGCGCCCCGACAGCCCCUCGGGCGCUGCCGACAUCCUGCUGCAGCUGAUGCAGGACGAGCCCCCGCCCGGCCCCGGCGCCGCCCCGGCCCCGGUGCCCCCCUGUAAGUGCCCCGGGGGGGGCCCGAGCCCCCGGGCGCCGGGGAUGCCCCCCCCGUGCUGCUGCGCCGCCUGCCUGGCCCCGCGCCCUCCCGAGCCCCUCCGCGGGCAGCUCUGGGCCAAGGCCGGGGGCUGCGCCCGGGCCUUCGAGGAGAAGCGAGUGCCGGGAGCGCCGGGAGUGCCGGGAGCGCCGGGAGUGCCGGGAGCACCGGGAGUGCCAGGAGUGCCAGGAGCACCGGAGCGGGAGUGCCCCGAGGAGAAACCAGCCCCGUGUCCCGGCUGCCUGUGAGCCCCGCGCUGAGACCCCUGCGCCAGGACCCUGCCCCACCCCGGCUGCCUGUGAUCCCCACACUGAGCCCCCACCAUGACCCCCAGCACGGGCCGGCCCUCGGCUCCCGUGCCCGCCCGCAGGGAGGAUGGAGCUGAGGGGACGGAGCCGAGGGGACGGAGCCCCGUGGUGGUGCCAAGGUGACACCGCCGGCCCGAUCCAGCACUGGGACUUGGAGCAGCCUCCAGCAGCGGCUGUGGGGCGAAGCUGAGCCAGGCUGGGACAUGGCACGUUGCUGCCUUGGGAGGACACCAGAGCGCUGGAGGAGACAGCGCUGGACCCUCAUCUGCUGUGUUGGCUCCAGCCACACAGACCAGGAAGAGCUGGACACAGUGGAGCUGCGUCCACUGGAGCCAGACUUGAGACAAGAGGGGUCCUCAAGGGCUCUCUCUGCUUCCAGAACGUUCUACCCUGUUGCGGUCUGGGUGGCAUUCCCCAAGGACACGGUUGGGACGGGAACGCUGGGGCCUGUCCCACUGCGGGAUGAUCUCCUGGGAUCCCCAGUGCAGCUCCACACUGGGAAAAGAGCCAGGAACAGGCCCGGAAGGGCUCAGCUCUGCUUUCAGAAGGGCCCCGGAGACGCCUCCGGUGCCAGGGGGAUGGGGACAGCUUGUGCUUGUGCUUGCUCUGGAUAACCGCGCGCUUUGGGACGCAAUAUUCCGCUUUUGGGAUGGGGGAUGCGGGGGCCGCUGGGCCGGAGCUGGAGGAGUGGUGGAGGAGGGGGGCCCGUGGAGGUUCCAGCGGCGCAGAGGGCACGGGGUGCUUUGCUGGGCUUUGUGCGGUGUCUGUGUGUCCCCCUGGGGGACAGAGCCGGGGACACACGGCCUCGGGCACAGCUUUGGCCACAGACACCGCUGGGAGCUGCCACUGCUUCAUCCCAAAGGGAAUCGCAUCCUCGGACGGGACCGACACCGGGACAGCCCCCUGGAGCCCGGCCGGGCAGGGGCCCGCUCCAGCCCCCCUCCCCAGCUCUGCUCUCUGCAAUUCUAUUUUUUGAGGUUAUUUAAAAUAAAAGCUUCUGAUGGC